UAAAGUUGCAUUGCUUCUUUGGAAUUUUUGUGUUUGUUGCACAGCGAUUGCUCUCACACUUGCCAUUUUGUUUAUUCAGCCUCUGGUUUCUUCCCUUCUUCUUGGCGCACCAUCUUUAUUUCUUAGGAUAACGUACGGUGGUGUCUGGCAGUUUGCUCGACUAUUUCACCUGAGUACCCAUUACUUGGUCCACCAUAUUCUUCAGGUUUUAGGGGCAACAAGGUGAAGGGGAAGAUGGCGUCCCUCGUACCAAACGUAUUGAUUAAGCUUCUUCAAAGUAUGAACUCCAUUGUAAAAGUUCGCGGGGAGUAUAGAUCAGUUCUUUUACAAGUAAUCAGCAUUGUCCCUGCCUUGAGUGGUUCAGAAUUGUGGCCAAACCACGGCUUCUUUGUCAAAGUAUCCGAUUCUUCUCAUUCGACUUAUGUUACGCUGUUCAAAGAAGAUAAUGAGCUCAUUUUGAACAACAAAUUGCAACUUGGCCAGUUCUUCUAUGUUGAUAGAAUGGAGGCUGGAACACCAGUACCGGUUUUAGUUGGGGUGAGGCCAAUUCCAGGGCGACAUCCGUUUGUAGGUAACCCGAAGGAUCUGAUGCAAAUGUUGGAAUCAUGUGAGGUUUCUGUUAAAACUGAUAAUACUGGUCAAAAGUGCAAUGAAUUGCCAGAGUUGAAAAAAGAGAAGAGAAAGAAAAAACUUGUUAUCAAAGAGGAGAAGGCGGUUGUUGCAUCGAGGUAUAUGCAGGGUUUAUCAAACCAGAACACAAAGGCUGGUGGAACUGAUCAAGGCAAUGGUGUGAAAGGCGGUGAAAAUGAGAGUAAUGGAUCAGAUCACAAAGCUGCUGUACCUUUGAAAGGGAAACAAGCAGAUGUUAAAGGUCAGACACGGCCUACAACUCGACGGUCUGAUGCAUUUUCUCCAAACUCAGAUGUCAAUGUGUUCAAUAGCAGGGAGCUUUUGACAACUCCAAGGUUUUCAAUGUUAAAACGCACCAGCAGCAAACAAGAAAGCAACGGUCCAUUUUCUGAAAAACUCAUACCCUGGUCCUCACUACCACCUAAUCUCGCAAAGCCAGGGAAGGGUAUCCUUAGAAGGAAAAAAUUAGCUUCUUUAAUAGCAGCAGAAGCUCAAGAAGAAGCAUUGACAGCAACCAAUCUUCUUCAUUCCCUGAGCAUGUUUGCUGAACUAUGCUCAUCUGCAUCACCAGAGAGCCCUCAUCUCAAUUUGGCCAAAUUUUUCACACUCAACCAGCUUAUGCAACAACCAAAUACUAAGACAAAUGACCAAAUCCUAGAUAACUUUGCUUCAAAGUUAUCUUUACAAGAGAAGGAGAAAGCGGGCAAGGAAACACGUUCCGUGAAUGGUAAAAGUACUCCCAAGUCUAUGAAGCCUUUAAUCGAAGUUUCUGUUGCUGAAAAGGUAGAGUGGGCAGAAGGAGAUGGUUCUAGAGGCGUGAGGGAGUUAAGAGAUGUUCUAUUUAAUGAAAUACAGUCCUGGUUUCUGAAAUUCUUGGAGGAAGCUCUUGAUAUUGGAUUUCGGUUGGAUGAGCAGCAUCAUAAAAAGAAAGCAUGCCCAGUACAACAAAAAGAUUCAAAUAACCAAAUUGCUCUUGCGUUGUCACAGCUUAAGCAUGCAAACGACUGGUUGGACAAGCUAAGAUGUAAGUCAACCUUGAAUAAAGAUGUGGCCGAGACAGUUGAUAGAUUGAAGCAAAAACUCUAUGCAUGUUUACUGCUUCAUGUGGAUUCAGCCGCUUCAGCUCUUGGAAAACCAAGUUUUUAAGAGUGACUGUUCUACUUACAUCCUAAUGAAUUUAUGCUGUUGUAUGAAGCUAUUUAAAAGGUCAUUACUUAAUGGUAACUAAUCAGCUCAUGUGACUAAAUAUAUACUUAACUAUUUCAAUGUAUUCGAAAAGGAUGGAGAAAACAGUUAAUUAAUGAGUUACCUGAAUUGCUCAUUGUCUU